UAAAGUAUCGAUUUUUUUUGGGUUAUUGUUUUACAGAUUGAUUUCGAUCUUAUGGAAAUGAAGUUUGAUGAUUGUUUUUCUUUUUAUUUCUGUAGCUCAACAUUAUUUUCUCAUCAUCAUUUCAUGACCCUAAGGGUCUGUUUUAUUAGAUCAUUUUGAUUUUCGUGUAAUUCUAUACAAUACUAUUGUUUGUUUGUGUGUGUGUUUUCACGGUGCUGAAAUUGAUUCAUUAUGGAAAUGAAUGAAUUUAACCGAUUGAAAAUGGAUGAUAAUUCACCAGAUUCAAUCGCAGAUAAUGAUUCUGAUUCACAUCAAUCUCCAUCAACUGAAUUUUAUCAUCGUGAUUCAGUUUUUGUCAAUCAAAAUCAGAUUAAACAACGAAGAAUAAGUCGCGAAGAUGAUGAUACUGAUGAUGAUGAUGAUGAAUUGAAUCGAAACACAAAGUUCAAUAUGAAACGACAAUCAAGUAGUGGAUCAUCACAGGUUCGAUUUAAAAUCGAUGAUAAUUCUGAUAAUUCUGAUGAUGAUGAUGAUAAUGAUAACAACAAUGUUCAACAAAACAAACCUUUAAAACAUAAACCAAAACCUAUAUCCAUUGAUAACAAUAAAACCGGUGCAAUGAAAUUACGUUCAACAUUAUCUUCAUCAACAAAUCGUUCAACAUUAAUGACACCAACAUCUGCUAAUAAACGUAUAAGUUUUGCACAAUUUGAUCAUGUUUUUAAAUUUGAUGAAUCAAUGACAAACACAUCAACGAAUAAUGAUAAAAAAAUAGAUGAACAAACUAAUGAAACAAACGUUGUUGACCAAAAUGAAGAUAAUAAAACAUAUACAUGGGAUUCGUUCAAAUCGAUACCUACACAGGAUGAAGAUUUAAGUUCCAGUUCAAAUUGGGUGAAAUUUUUUCUAAAAUUAUUGAAAUUAUUAUCACAUGCAAUUUGUUUUAUUUUGGUAUUGGUUACGGCUGUAAUAGCUAAAUUAUUUUUACAUUUAAUGGCCAAUAUGACACGUGUUGAUAAAAGUAUACAGAUUUGUAAACAAAAUCUACUUGAUGAUAGUUAUGAUCAUUCAGCAUUGGUACCAUUAUAUACACGUUUAGAAUUAAAAUCCAAUGAACGUAUUGCAUGGAUAUGGAUGUUAUUUUUUACAUUGAUUGCACCCGAUAUAUUAUUAUUUUUUCGUAGUAUACAUUCAUGUUUAUUUAAAAAUUAUUCACUUCCGGAUUUGUAUUCAACAUUAAUAAUAUUUUUAUCAAGUACAUUCGAAGUAAUUGGUAUUUCAUUAUUGGUUUAUGUUGUGUUACCAUCAUUCGAUACAAUUGUUGGUUUAAUGAUAACAAAUUCAUUAUUUCUUAUUCCAUCAUUAUCUCAUUUUAUACGUGUUAUUAAAAUGAAUAAUAAUAAUAAUGAUGAACAAAAACGACAAACACUAUCGAAUCUUAUAAUGAAAAUUUUAUAUCUAAUAGCAUUUUUAUUUCAAAUUAUCGCUAUUGUAUCAUGGCCAAUUUUAAUAGCUAUAAAAGAUUCACAAUAUAAAUCAACAACAAUUGAAGAUAAUGUUUUUGAUCCAAAACCUGAUGACAUUCAUUUAACAUGGAUUAUUCCUAUUGCAUGUUUUUUAAUAACAUUUAGUUAUUGGGAAAAUUUUUUGGACAACAAUGAUCCUGACAAUGAAAAUGAUGAUUUAUCAUCAGAAAUCAAAAAUCGAUUUUUGAAAUUAUUAUACAAGAUUAAAAAUAGUUCGAAACGAAGUAAAUUUGCCAUCUAUUUAUUUGUAUCGAUUUGGAAAUGUUUACUUCAUUUGGCCAUCAUGUUAAUCAUUCAGGGUAUAUUCGCCAUUCAUUAUUCUAAGACGACAGAUGCUGGUGAUAAUGAUGUUGAUGAUGAUAAUAAUAAUAAUCAUUUGAACCGAAUGGCCGAUAUGAUGAAUUUUAUGUUUGCCAAUUUUAGUGAAGCAUUUCGUACGCAUCCUAUUCCAUUGGUAGCCAAUGUUGGAUUCAAUUAUCGCCAUCCAACAAUCGAUUCUGAUCCAAUGUUGCCGAUUUCGAUUGGAUUGAUACAAAUUACAGCAGCCUUUUUUUGCUAUCAAACAAUCAAUUUUGUCUGUAAAAUCUGUAUCCAACCGUUAGGAUUUGGAUUGCCUAUUACAUUAGCAAUGCCGAUAACUGUUUCAUUGGCACAUUCAUUGGGUCAGAUCGCAAUCAAUGAUCGAUGCUGGCUACCCGAUCAUUGGCACAUUUUUGAUUAUACAUUUUUUAAUGUUCCUUAUGAUAUUUUCGAUUAUAAAUGUUGGAUAAAUUAUUUAUUCUAUAUUAUAUGGAUGAUAACUUUCAUAUCACAAAUCAUUAUAACUAAUCAUAUUUGGAUUUCAUCCAAAGAACGAUUAGCAUCAACAAAUCAGCUAUUUAUGUUGCCAUUAUAUUCUUCGGCAUUUAUCGAUCAAUCAUUAAUGUUGAAUCGACGCCGUAAUUAUGAUAAUGAUAUCUGGUCUACAUUGAAUGAAAAUGAGUUGGAUUCAUUAAAUAAUGAUCGAAAAUCGCCAGUUCAAGAACUACAUCGGAAAGCUUCCAAAGAAAAUGAUGACAAUGAUAUUCGUAUCUUUGCCUGUGCAACCGUAUGGCAUGAAACGGCUGACGAAUUAUUACAAAUGUUAAAAUCAAUCAUGCGAAUGGACAAAGAUCAAUGUUGUCGAUCAUUGGCUGUCAAUUAUCUAGGGGUUAAAAAACGUGAUGUCGAUUUUUAUCGAUUUGAAACACAUUUAUUUGUUGAUGAUGCAUUUAAAAAAGGUAAACAUUAUAAAAAGAAUGCCAACGAUUUGGAUAUCAAUGAGUAUGUACAAACAUUGAUCGAUGUGUUGGAUGAAGCGGCACAAAAUGUUCAUCAACGUUAUCUCAAAAUCAAACAACCGAACAUUCAUUUAACACCGUAUGGUGGCCGUAUUGAAUGGACAUUGCCUGGCCGUACUAAAUUGAUUGCUCAUCUAAAAGAUUCGGCAAGAAUCAGACAUCGAAAACGUUGGUCUCAAGUGAUGUACAUGUAUUAUUUAUUAGGUUAUUUAAUCUAUCAGCAAGAACCAGAUCGAAGAGAUAUAUUAAUGAAAAACACAUAUCUAUUGGCAUUAGAUGGUGACAUUAAUUUUCAGCCAGACGCUGUUUUACUUUUAGUCGAUUUAAUGAGAAAAAAUUCGAAAUUAGGAGCUGCAUGCGGACGUGUACAUCCGGUUGGUGUAGGGCCAAUGGCUUGGUAUCAAAAAUUUGAAUAUGCUAUUUCACAUUGGCUGCAAAAAGCUACUGAACAUGUAUUUGGCUGUGUUCUUUGUAGUCCCGGUUGUUUUUCAUUAUUUCGUGCAUCCGCUUUGUCUGAUACGAACGUGAUGAAUCGUUAUACAACUAAACCAAGUGAGGCCAUUCAUUAUGUUCAAUAUGAUCAAGGUGAAGAUCGAUGGCUAUGCACAUUAUUAUUACAACAAGGUUGGAAAGUUGAAUAUUCGGCUGCAUCCGAUUCGUUUACUCAUUGUCCCGAAGGAUUUGAUGAUUUUUAUAUUCAAAGAAGACGUUGGGCGCCAUCUACUAUGGCAAAUGUUAUCGAUCUAUUGAAAAGUUAUAAAAAUACUGUUCGAGCAAAUGAUGAUAUUUCAUCACUUUAUAUGCUUUAUCAAGCUGGUCUAAUGUUAGGUACAAUCUUAAGUCCGGGAACAAUUUUUCUAAUGUUGGUCGGAGCUGUUAAUAAUUCAUUUGGAUUAAAAAAUGAAAUAUCAUUUUACAUUAAUAUUAUUCCAGUUUUGAUAUUCGUUUUGGUAUGUUUUUUCGCCAAAAAUAAGAUACAGAUUCUGGUAGCACAGUUGUUCAGUACAUUUUAUGUAAUGUUAAUGUUAGCAGUACUUGUAUCGACAUUUAUUGAAAUCUAUGAAGAAUCAAUUUUUUCACCAUCUGUCAUUUUCUUUGUCGGAAUGUUUGCUGUAUUCGUUAUAUCGGCAUUAAUUCAUCCACAAGAAAUUUCCUGUCUAAUACCUGUCAUUAUAUACAUGCUAAUGAUUCCUAGCAUGUAUUUAUUGUUGACUUUAUAUUCAAUUAUUAAUAUGAAUAUAGUAGUUUGGGGUACACGUGAAAAUCCCAAAACAACCGAACAAACACAACAAACAAUUCAACCGGCACCCAAACAAUCGGAUAAUCUUUUCAACGAUGUACGACAAUAUUUUCGAAAUCGAUCAAGAAAAUUAGAAAUAUUUAAUUGUGUUUGUUGUGGAACACCUAGAAAUGAUGAUGAAUUUACCUUGUUGCAUGAGAUUAAAAAUUCAAUGCAACAAGUACAAUCUGAUAUGGAAAAAGUAAAAACACAGAAUUCAUUAGGCAGUAAUAUUAUUCGUCGAAUGAGUUUAUGGAAUAGACGACAAUCAACCGUUGCUGAACCAACUUCGAAUCAAUCCGAACAAGAUCCAUUAUUGGCAAAUGAUUUAGAAAAUGAAGAUAUUUUAUUGAAUAUUGCUGAUCAAAUUGACCAGAAUAAAGAAAAAGAAGAUGAAGAAUUUUUGUAUGUACGACAGCCACGAUGGAUACAUAAUGAUCAUCUUAAAAAUGCCGACAUUAUUUCGAUCGAUGAAGAGGAAAAACAAUUCUGGACAAUUUUCAUAGAAAAAUAUCUAAAACCAUUGGACAAAAAUGUUGAACAUGAGAAAAAAGUUAAAUCUGAUUUGAUUAAUCUAAGAAAUCAGGCAUUUUUUGCCAUGAGUAUUAUCAAUAUUAUAUUCGUUCUAUUUGUUUAUCUUAUGCAAUUACAUAAGGAUAUUUUCAAUUUUGAUAUUACACUAUCACAGCAGCAAAAUGGUACAAAAACAAUAUUAAUCGAUGAUGAAGAACAUGACAUUCCUAUUUAUAAUACGAAAAAAAUUGCCAUGGAUCCUGUUGGUUUUAUAUUGAUACUAUUUUUCGGUGUAAUUCUAAUUAUUCAAUUUAUUGGAAUGUUAUUACAUCGAAUGGGUACAUUAACACAUUUGCUUGCAUUUACUGAUUUACAUUUUUUCCAUGUUCGAGCUGAAGAUAUUAAAGAAAAACGACAAUUAGAUCAAAAUGCUUUUCAAUUGGUUCAAUCAAUUAUGGAUGAUACGGAAGAAUCCGAUACAAAAGAUUAUGGUUAUUUUGAUAUGGAAGAUUUUUUCCGUCCUUCAAUGUAUAGAGUUAUGGAUCCAUCAAAUGCAUAUGAAAUGAUCAAAAAAAUUAAACCAAAUACAAAUGUUUCCAAACGUAAAUUGGGUGCAGAAUUAUCACGAAGAAGUUCAAUAUUUGUUGGUCGUAGUCAUUUCUAUACGGAUGUGAUUCCUGAAAAUGAUGAAAAUCCUGAUCAUGAUGGUGAUGAUAAUGAUGGUAAUCAUCAUUCCAAAGAAAAUGUAUCCGAUUCUGAUUCCAACGAAUCAACAACCGAUCAUAUUUUUAGCCGAGAAUCAUCACCAAUUAGAAAACAUGCACCACUUGUAUUUACAGAAAGCACAAAACUUUAAGAUUUCUUUUUAUAUCUUUUUUUGUCUAAUUAAAACUAAAUAAAUACUAAUUAUCAAUAAGUAUUUGAUGUUU